AUUUGCUGGAGAUAUGGAUGCUGCUGCGGAUUCGCUAACUGAAUAUCAUUGGAUGCCCAGAUGCAGAAACCACCGAUUGUCCACAUCAAUUCAAGGGGGGACGGCGGAGUAUCAGUCACAUAUUUUGCAGAUGGGUGCCGCCACAUCAAGAAGUUGCCACACGUAUAACGCAAAUGAAAUGGAAAAGUGUGUCCCCCAGACACUUUGGGAGCCAGCGUCAGGACACUCAUCACAGGAUGAGAGGGGGAGUAUGGCAAGGAGUUUGGAGGAGUCCAAAUGAAAUGCUUGUAAAUAAAUCCCGUGGCAUGAAAACAAAAAUUAAAUACUGCUAAUAUUAAAUUGUCAGUUGGCAACAUGUUUUGACGUGCCUGGCAUACAAAGUCCGACACUUUGUUAGUCGUUCGCUUGGUAGCUUGAACGUGCCGGAAUCAAAGGUGGACAAAAAACAAAAAAAAAACCGGCUACCGUCGCGAAGGGGAGAGGGAAGAGGGGGCAUAGGAAAAGAGAGUGAAAUAGACAAUAACAAACAGACCAAAACACUUUGGGGACGCCCAACCUUUUGGAGACAUUCGUGCCCAUCUUUUGCUCGACCGCGUUGUUCUAUUGAAGUGUAAUGAACUCGGCUUGGACUUUUCUGGUCUGGUCGAGCGAUUUUGUUUAUGACCAUAUUUAAUUGAACUUUAAUUAAUAAUAAACAAAACAAAAGUGAGCCAAUGAAUCAUCAUCGAUCGGCCAGUCAUUGCUCGCUGUACUUACAUUUCCGGCUUCCGCAUCACCAACAAAAAAAAAACAAACAAAGCAAAGCAAAGCACGACAACAAACCUGACACCACAACUUUGGCCACAUUCGAGGUCAGCCAAUGAAACAAUUGGCAAGAAGCCAUUUGCUCGGUGAUUCCCAUCAAUCCGCCAUAGAAUGUUCUGAAAAUGAGUUGCGACACUCGAUUCAGCUGGAAUAUCUGAUUACGGCUAUAUAACGCAGUUGGUGGGCAGUUUUCGAAUUAGUUUCAAAAUAUUCUCAACAAUUUUAACAACUCAAAGGAAAAUGAUGGCUAAACAAAGUUCCCAAGUUUGUGUUCUGCUGGCAUUGGGCCUCUUGGUGGCUGUCCAGGCAGCUGUGAUACGCAGUGGCUCGGAGGAAAUGAAGGAUAAAAUUGAGGUGACAACAGUGGAGUCAGUUACAACGGAACAAGUGGAUCCUACAACUCAAAUAUCUCUGACAGAUGACAUCAAGGUGGAUGAGGAGGAGGAAACUACAACUAUGCCCGAAUAUUUGGGAGCUUUAUCAAGAGAUGAAGAGGCGACCAUACUCAUUGUGGAUCAAACGUUAAUGGAUUCGGCACCCUCAGAAUCAAAGCAAUCCCCUGAACCCUCGGUGCAAGAAGAAAAGUUUGGAAAACUGUUGUUGUUGAGUACCCCCAAAUUGGUGGAGAAACCAAAAUUGCCAGAAGAGAAUUUUGAAGAAUCCGAGGAGUUGGAUACAUCGGAAAAUAGUACGGAUGCCACCACGGUUGAACCCACAACCACUGAUUCAAGUUUGGCUGAAGAAGUCACCACCUUGGCUCCAGAAACUAAAGAAGAAGAAGACGAAGGAGAGAAGUCAGAGGUACCCCAGGUGACAACCCCCAUUCCCACCACCAAACUAUUUCCCAUCAAUGACACUCUCUAUGAGGAAAAGAAGAAGGACUCCAGCAAACCUGAGGAAACCUCGGAAGCUUCCCCUGUUGUGGUGGCAAUGGAUGAAGAGCCCAAGGAAGUGAAAAAUUCCAAUUUGGAGGCAAUUGUUUUGAGUGAAUCUGAGGCCGAUUACGUUCUGGUCGAUACUGCCGAUGCUGAAAUCAUUGAAGAGGGUGGUGUUUACGCCGAUGUCGAUAGCGAUUUGCAUUUACAGCCCAUUGUCCAGUCGGUGGAGAUUGUGCCCAGCAGUGUGGACGACUCGCUUUUGGUGAACUAUGUUCAUAGUUUGUAAAAAGUUAUGAAAUUUAAAAAAAAAGUUUCCGUCUCAAUGUUGUUUGUUGUUUUGAAAACAGUAUUUUCCCCACUUUUUAGAAGUUUAGGUA